AUGGCCAGCAACACUACCAUCCUCGGGUACAAUCAUGGCCAGCAACCCGACCUUCCUCGGGUACAAUCAUGGCCAGCAACCCGACCUUCCUCGGGUACAAUCAUGGCCAGCAACACUACCAUCCUCGGGUACAAUCAUGGCCAGCAACCCGACCUUCCUCGGGUACAAUCAUGGCCAGCAACCCGACCUUCCUCGGGUACAAUCAUGGCCAGCAACACUACCAUCCUCGGGUACAAUCAUGGCCAGCAACCCGACCUUCCUCGGGUACAAUCAUGGCCAGCAACCCUACCUCCCUCGGGUACAAUCAUGGCCAGCAACCCUACCUCCCUCGGGUACAAUCAUGGCCAGCAACCCGACCUUCUUCGGAGAGGUGAUCAACUGGGAGUCAGCUGCCUUAACUUGCCGUUACCGGUAGACCAGACGUCACCGGUGGACCAGACGUCACCGGUGGACCAGACGCCACCGGUGGACCAGACGUCACCGGUGGACCAGACGCCACCGGUGGACCAGACGUCACCGGUGGACCAGACGCCACCGGUGGACCAGACGCCACCGGUGGACCAGACGUCACCGGUGGACCAGACGCCACCGGUGGACCAGACGUCACCGGUGGACCAGACGCCACCGGUGGACCAGACGCCACCGGUGGACCAGACGUCACCGGUGGACCAGACGCCACCGGUGGACCAGACGCCACCGGUGGACCAGACGCCACCGGUGGACCAGACGUCACCGGUGGACCAGACGUCACCGGUGGACCAGACGCCACCGGUGGACCAGACGCCACCGGUGGACCAGACGUCACCGGUGGACCAGACGUCACCGGUGGACCAGACGCCACCGGUGGACCAGACGCCACCGGUGGACCAGACGCCACCGGUGGACCAGACGCCACCGGUGGACCAGACGCCACCGGUGGACCAGACGCCACCGGUGGACCAGAUGCCACCGGUGGACCAGACGCCACCGGUGGACCAGACGUCACCGGUGGACCAGACGCCACCGGUGGACCAGACGUCACCGGUGGACCAGUUCGUUCCACCGGUGACGUUGAAACGUUCAUGUUGA